UGUGACGUGCCUGCAACGGUACAUACUAGAAAUAUAUGUGUCGUGCACCUGCUUAGCACAUUUUAUAAAUUUCAAUCACUUUCCUCAAAUACAGGCAGAACAAUGUGUACCAGAAGGUGACAGCCUAAACGGUGACAGUGCAUGUGCCAGCUUAGUCAGUCACGCUUCUUCCUUUGGAAAUGAAGAGAGCGGUUAUUCAUCUCACACCCAACCUGCUUCCCCUGUGCUUACAUCUCAGUCUCCCAGUCCCGACAUGACACCUACAACCGUCCUACAGUGCAUGAACUGUGGGUGCAGGCAGCCCAACAGCGUACCUUUGACUGAAGAAAAAGGGACCCAGUACAGUUUGCCAAGAGAGUCGAAGUGGACCCAAACAACAGUUGUCCAAACUAGGAGAGUCGGCACACAAGCAAAUCAUAAUGCCAAAUCUCUGCAAACAUCGUCAACUCAAACAAGUGAAGACUUCUGUGAACCUGGGCCACAGCACUCAGGCAUUCAAUGGGAACCAAAACGGUGCUCUACACCAGUUAUGAAUGAUGUGACAGAGACCACUAUCGGUGACACUGACAAUCCAGCAGACACCACCUAUGUACCACAACACGACAGCCUUCUUGGUUCUUGCAGUGAUAGCCCUCAAGCCAGCAGUGUCAGUCCCCAGGAGGAGAGAAAAUAUAUAAUAUUCGAAAGCAAGCUGAAAGAACUGUUUCGUUCCUGCACCACAUGCUUGAACCCAUGUACUACAAGCUUCAGCUGUGUUGGUUCCCUCCUCCGAGUUGAGUCCUGCUGCGUAGAUGGUCAUACGUUUGUUUGGGAGAGCCAGCCAUACAUAUCAAAUAAGCCUGCUGGAAACGUCCUGCUGUCUGCAGCAAUUCUGUUUAGCGGAGCAAGUCCCACUCCAACACUGCGGAUGCUCAAACUGAUAAAUGUCAAGAUCUUCUGUGAUCACACGUUUUUCAACUACCAGCGAGGAUACCUUCUACCAGCAAUAACUGAGGUAUGGACACAGCACCAAGCGGCACUCCUGGUUGAGUUGCAGGGCAAGGAAACCGACUUGGCUGCUGAUGGAAGAUGCGAUUCUCCGGGCCACAACGCAAAGUACCUAUCGUACAGUUUCUAUGAUGGGAAGCUGAACAAGGUUGUCCAUACAGUACAGGUUCAGUCAAAUGAAGUGGCAUCAAGCUACCACAUGGAGCUGGAAGCACUGCAGCGUGGCCUUGAAGAACUGCAUGAUUUCAACGUCGGUGUACGGUCUUUGACAACAGAUCGGCAUCCCAGUGUACGGAAAUACAUGCGUACAUCACACCCAGAGGUUAACCACCAGUUUGAUGUCUGGCACGUUUCCAAAGGCAUUCGAAAGAAGCUGAUGAGUGCCAGCAAAGGAAAAGGUUGCGAAGCACUUGAGCUAUGGUCAAAGCCUGUGGUGAAUCAUCUGUACUACUGUGUCACCCACAGCGAAGGAGAUGCAGAGCGUGUGUUAUCGAUGUGGAAGAGCCUUAACAAUCAUGUGUGCAACAUUCAUGAGGGCCAUGAAGGCCCAUAUCCACGCUGUCUGCACCCUGUCCUGGACGAGAACGACCGACCAUGGCUCAUUCCUGGGUCACAGCCUCAGAAGAAGCUAGCAGAGAUAACCCUGGCAAAAUAUCUGUUGAAGGAUAUUCCAAAGCUUUCUCCUGAUGUUCAGACAUCAAACUUGGAAGCAUUCCACAGCCUUCUCAUCCGGUUUGCUUCCAAGUCUGUUGGGUAUGGCCCCAAAACUAUGAAAUGCAGGACGCAGCUAGCCAUCCUGCAUUUCAAUGAAAACUCCAACAGGGCCCAUGCUUUCACAGAAGAUGGAGAACUGCGCUACCUAAUGAAGCGAUCGAAGGUGUACUCUGGAGAGUAUGUUGCGCUGCCCAUCAAGGAGGAGCCUACCUUCAAUUAUGCUCGCAAGCUUCUGGACAAGGUGGUAGAGCUCUGCCAUAAAUGGCCUACAUUUGAUGACGCAUGGGCUGCAAACCCUCCCGAUGAACUGCCUAGUCUAACGAAGAACGAGCCCCCUGUAGACAAGAGGGCACUUGUAGAGGCCAGGCAACACCGUCUAGAGAUGUGUCGCUGCUGCCUGUGCAAGGAAGAUUCGCAAAGUACGUGAACCAUCCAGAUGCUGUAUUGUCAAAAGUGCAUAGCACAUAACAUACUAUCCAUGAAGACUUCUUCACACAGACACAGAAGACGACACACUGUAGGUCUAAAUCCAGUGUAGUACGUUGAAGGGGACUUUUCCCGAAUUGCCCACACAACACAUGAUGGCAGCACAUGACGGUUCCCUUCGCCAAGGUGCCCCCAGAGCCAGGAUGCACACUGCCGGUCUGCUGCUUCAUGGCCGUGGGCCAGCAUGUCAUUUAUUGAACUUGACACUGGAAAUGACACAUUUUGUUUGACAACUUCAAUUUGAGCUUUCAGAAAGCAGCUUGCAGCUUUCAGAGAAACAGUGACUACCUAUAUUACUCUGACACUCAUGCAAUCACCUCUGGAAGAGAACAUUACGGAUGGUCUGGAGGAAUGCAUGUGGAGACAUCUGAAGACUCUAAACAAAUUUUAUGAAAUGGUAAUGCAGCUGCGUUUGUGUUUCACUGGUACGUUGGAGUCUUACAAUUUCCCUUUGACUUUUGUUGCGCAUGAGAGCAUCGUCAUGGAUGGCCUGGAAGAAUGCAUGUGGAGACAUCUGAAGACUCUAAACAAAUUUUAUGAAAUGGUAAUGCAGCUGCGUUUGUGUUUCACUGGUACGUUGGAGCCUUACAAUUUCCCUUUGACUUUUGUUGCGCAUGAGAGCAUCGUCAUGGAUGGCCUGGAAGAACGCAUGUGGAGACAUCUGAAGACUCUAAACAAAUUUUAUGAAAUGGUAAUGCAGCUGCGUUUGUGUUUCACUGAUUACUGAGAACACUUUUUCACUGAUACUUGGUACAGAGGUACAUGCUACUGUUCCUUUGUGUUGGGCAAUGAUCUUCUAAGGAACUGCGACAGACAAAUCGAGGGAGAAGCUUUUCACAGUAACAACAACUUGGAGAGUGUGUGUGACGGGAAUAUAUUUCUGUAUCCCUGGGCCUGAUUGUGAUGAUACACAUCAAAGGUCUGUUGCUACAAACAACAGGCUGCUCCUGAGGCAUUUCUGUGCAUAAAAGACAGAAUUUUCUCUGAAGUGUAAACAUGCUCUUGCUAUCCAAGACCUCGUGUACCAGUGAACACGCCUACUUGUGAAUGCUGAAUUUUGCUUUGAGGGCAUGUUUCUCGCUCAACAGGCAUAUCAGAACAUCAUAUGAACUGCCAGUCCUUGAUAAACUACAACCUGUUCUAAAGAAUUCAUAAAAGCAAGGCAUGAAUGCAAAAAACUUGUUCUUGUCUCUUGGUAGUGAGUAAUGUGCAUAGUUGUUUGUUAUUGUGUCUAAACAGAGUGACUUGUAGCAAUAUCUGACUUCUCCAUUACAAAGUGCACAUGAACGUAUCUAUGAAUGAUAAUAAAAUAAUUCGAGGCUUUAUAUCGUGAAACAACUGUGAUCCUAUCUGUGAAUGACUUAUUGCUUGCAGAAUAAUAAUUACCACUGUGAGUACAACUAAUAAAAAGUUCA